ACUUUUCAUUUCAUUGAUAAUAUCAUAUUUAAUCUUGUAUUGCGUUUGCUAUUGUACCAUUGUAUCUUUUGUUAAUAUUAACUUUUCUUGUAUGAAAACGAGUAUAAAUACUUUCUGCAGUCAGGAGAUGAAAAAAAUAAAUGGCAUCAUGAAGUUUCCCGUACUUCAUGUGUCUUUUGUUUUAAGCUGUGUUUUACUUGUCGUUUGGUGCAAAUGUCGGGAACCAAUCAACUUGUACGAUGAUUUUAAAUGUAAACCAAUCUGGAAAUCAGGAGAUAACCAACAUAAACGUUGUCCGAAGGCUUUUGACUGUACGCACAUACGCCAAAACAAUAAGUGCUUCUUUAAUGGACAGUAUUAUAAAGUUGGACAGAAUAUUAACGAAACGACUAAUAAUCUUCCGUCAUGUAUAACCGAAUGUACCUGCAACAGAAACUAUGAAUGGGAUUGUCGAGUCUAUACUUGCCCAUGGGAUCCUCCACCAGAUGGUUGUUACAAUACUUAUGACUUGAGAGGAUGCUGUUCAACUGGUUUCCAUUGUCCUAAUCAAAACACAUUAAGAUGCCGCGCAAAUGAUAUUCUAUUCUCUUACGGUCAAACUUUUGAGUCUCCAAGUGUGAAUUGUGCGGUGUGUGAAUGUCAGCCAGGAUACACUGGGAAACCAAAUGAUCCACACUGCAAGAAACGAAUCUGUGACGCGGAAUUAUAUCUAAAUGCUGAAAUUCAAGCUUUCUGUGCACCGUCUUAUCAAUGGAAAGGCGAUUGUUGUCCAGGAGACUACUUAUGUCCAUCGAAGGAGGAUGAAUGGGAUGAUGAUGACCGCAGCAUUGCUGUGUCUGAAGACUCAGAUGUAGAUGGAUGGUGGUGUGAUUCUUCAUCAUCAAAUGACAAUUUAGCCUAUGCCUGCCGUUAUGGUGAUAAUUAUUACCGGAUUGGAGCAGAGUUCAAGCGCAAAGAAGAGUUCGACGAAGACCACGACUUGUAUACACGUUGCGAGUGUGUAAUUCCGCCAUAUUUUACUUGUAUCAGGGACCGAGUACCUCCAGAUGAUGACUAAUAGUGAAAUUCUAUUCCUUUUGCAUAGAAACUGAUAUGAAAUGAAUAAAUAAAAACUUAAUCAUAAUAA